AUGAAUGAAUCUGACGAAUACAUUUCCGUAUCACUAGAUGACUGUGCGGGCUCGCCUUGUGUGGUGAAUGCUACCUGUGUUGAUCUCGUAAACGACUACGAAUGUCACUGUCCUAAAGGAUUCAAGGGUAAACGCUGUAACAUUAAAGAGGAUCUCUGCGCAUCUGCUCCGUGCACGCAUGGUCUUUGUGUGGAUACGCUGUUCGAUAGACGUUGUGUCUGCAAUGAAGGUUGGACUGGGGAGAAUUGCGACGUGAACAUCGACGACUGUGCCCCUCAACCUUGCAAGAAUGGCGGGACAUCCACCUGCACAAAUCUGGGAGCACUGUAUCAUUGCGACUGUCCGCUAGGAUUCGAUGGAACUCAUUGUGAACACAAUAAGGAUGACUGCGCUCACGGACACUGUGAUAAAGCAGGAACGGAGUUCUGUGAAGAUGGUAUCAACACGUUCAACUGUGUGUGUAAACCCGGUUAUAGCGGCAGGCUUUGUGAAAUUCGUACUAGUCAGUGUGCAUUCUCUCCAUGCAUGAAUAAUGGUACUUGCAAUGAUGAAGGAGCUUCGUACAAAUGCGAAUGUGCUAGCGGAUGGACAGGAGCGACUUGCGAACAAGAAACUGGCACUUGUGACACGCACCCUUGCCGUAACGAUGGUCAGUGUGUGAAUUUGGUUGCUGACUACUUUUGCGUAUGUCCUGAAGGCGUUAGUGGGAAAAACUGUGAAAUUACUCCAAAUCGCUGUCUCGGUGAACCAUGUCUGAAUGGAGGAGUUUGUGGAGACUUCGGCUCACGUCAGGAAUGCAGUUGCCCGAGAAAAUAUACUGGACCAGGAUGUCAGUAUCUAAGAAAUGCUUGUACUGAAUCCGUUUGUCAAAAUGAUGGUGAAUGCAACAGAACCUCUGAUGGUGGAUUUCACUGCAGCUGUAAGCCAGGCUUCACCGGGAUUUACUGCGAGACGAACAUAGACGACUGUGCCCGUUCACCUUGUCCGUUGGGCGCCACAUGUAUCGACCAAAUAAACUCGGCUUACUGUAGAUGUCCUUUUAACAUGACUGGAGCCAAUUGUGACAAAGCAAUUGAUGAGGACUACGAUUUGCACUUCUUCGAUCCUCUCCGUCCUUCAAGUGCGUCACUUGCGCUGCCUUUCAUCAUCAACACGAAAGCAAUUGCUGUAGCUUUAUGGGUAAAAUUCGAUCAAAUCUUUGGAUGUAUUUUUUCGCUCGCCCCUGUGGUAUUUAUGUUUGAGCCUGUAUGUUUCAUCUGUUAUCGUCCCAUCUUUUUGGAACAUAUAGAACCCAUGAAAGCCAACUACAGCGCUAACGUGACUGAAGUACUACGCAUCGACUCAGAAGGGGUGACCAUUGCACUGUUCAGUAAUGAGAAUCCACUUCAGUUACAUUAUCCGAUGAAUCAAAAGAUCAAUGACGGAUCAUGGAAUCAUCUUGUGUUCACUUGGUCGUCAGAACUUGGAACGUACUCACUAAUCUGGAACUCAGUUCGGAUAUUUGCAGGGGAUGGAUAUGGUGUCGGUCGGGAGAUUAAAAUAAACGCCCUCAUCACAUUGGGUAGUUUGGAAGCUGAAGAAACAUUCUUUGCUGGUUUUAUAACUCGUGUGUACAUAUGGAGCCGUGUGUUGGACUUCAAUAGUGAGAUACCGAUGAUGGUCGCGAGCUGUCGGGAAGCAGAGUUGGUCUAUGACAAAUUGUUGUUACGAUUUGCUGGAUACACAGAGAUGAAGGGAAAGGUGGAACGGAUACCGAAUAGCACUUGUGGGCGUGCGAAACGUAAACGGCCGGAAUCAACAGUUAAAGCAACGAGUUGUCCAUCAGAUCAGUUUGUGAUAACGCCACAACGCGAAGUGAACGUCACAUGGCCCGAACCAGAGUUUCAAUCCAAAAAUCCUUUAGAGAAAGUUCUAACGAAUUUCAAACAAGGACAGGUAUUCACCUGGGGUGAAUAUGAUGUGCUGUAUGUCGGUUUUGACAACAUCUCCAAUACAGCAGAAUGUAGUUUCAAAAUCCACGUGUCGCGAGAACACUGUCCGUCACCUGAAGAUCCUGUGAAUGGUGUUCAAGCCUGUGAAUCCUGGGGACCAAAUCUGCGGUAUAAGGCUUGCUCAGUCGAGUGUAAUGAUGGCUACGAAUUCUCGCGACCUCCUGCGAUCUUCUACACUUGUGCCGCUGACGGUAUUUGGAGACCACGUCAACGAAACCAACUAAUGUUCCGUUAUCCUCAGUGCACAAAGUCCGUACCAGCGACAAGGGUAGUUCUACUUCGCGUGUCCUACCCAGGCUCGUCUCCCUGCUCAGAGGCAAGCCGUGAAGCGCUUAGAAAUCGUAUUUUGGCAAAUAUUCAAAUAAUAAAUGAGAAAUGGGAUAUCUGUACACUGACCGAUCAGACCGGAUGUGUAGGGAUUCGCAUAGAAGUGGACUGUUCGGACGAGUUCGCUCGCGUGAAAAGAGAAUCACAUUCCUUCAACGUUCGAGUAGAGCUUCCCGUGAAAAGAGAUUUCGUCACACAUUCGAUAAGCGGGCAGAAGUUCAGAGUGAUAGACGUUAUUCAGACCGAAAUCAUCAAUCACGGCGCAUUCAACUUAGAAAAGGUUCUUCCAAAUGGUCGUCCUGAUUUGACUUCUUUCAAAGUUCUGGACGAGUUCCAUUGCCAAGCCGGACAGGUUACUGUUAAUGAUAUGUGUGUGCCAUGUGCUCCUGGUUCAUUUUUCUCGAUGUCCACUUCACAUUGCGAACUGUGCGCCGAGGGGGAGUACCAGCCACUGGCAGGUCGAACCGAGUGCUUUAAGUGCGCUGCAGGUCAAGUCACAGCAGGACCAGGUGCAAUCAGUGAAAACGAAUGUAAAGCAAGCUGUCCUCCUGGCCACUACUUCAAUAUGGCAUCUUCUCAGUGUGUUUCGUGUGGGUUGGGAUUCUUCCAGCACCGUAGUGGAUCAUUCGAGUGCAUACCAUGUGAUGUAGGAAAGACGACCAUCAGUGAAACCGCUGUUAGCGAAGAAGAAUGUCGCGAUGAGUGUCCAGAUGGCGAGCAGCUGUCGUUCUCGGGGUCUUGCCAGCCUUGUCCAGCCGGUUUCUAUCGUACACGUGGUGUGCACAAGCAAUGCGUAGCAUGUCCAACUGGAACCACCACCGAAUCAGUGGGUUCAAUCCGUCGGGAGCAAUGCAAUACGCCGCGAUGUAAAGUAGGACAGUUUCUAGUGAAGGAGACAAAACACUGUCAGUUCUGUCCGCGAGGAACAUUCCAAGACGAAGAACAACAUACGACCUGCAAGCUGUGCCCCGUCGAUCACACCACAGCUGCUCAAGGUGCCAUUUCGGAAUCUCAAUGCUAUUCUACGAACCAAUGUUCGACCGGCGAAGAUAACUGUUCCUGGCAUGCGCACUGCAUAGACUUACCGGACGACAACGAUCUGCCUUCGUUCCAGUGUAAAUGUAAGCCAGGAUUCCGUGGAAAUGGAACGUACUGUCAAGACGCCUGUACUAAUUACUGUCUCAACGAUGGUGUGUGCAAGAAGAACCCUAUUGGUUACGUGGAGUGCGCUUGCAAAGAGAAUUUCAGUGGGGAACGUUGCGAGGUUCGAUUCCAACCAAAGUCUCAAAGAUUUGCAAUUAUAACUGCUGGGAUAGAAGCUCCACGUCCAGUCGGCUACUACUACGAGGAUGACGACGAGUACGAGGCGAAGGCUAUGUACGUGGCACGAGAGGAUGAUUCCAAAGAGAUCGAGCAGCGUCGACGGAUUGCUCAGCAGCACAUGUAUCGACCAUCACAAACCGAUUAA